AUGGGAUACAAUAAUAUCGUUGUAAUCCUGGCCGAUCGUGGUGCUAACUUAAAUAUCAACUCUAAGUUAGGGUUUACUCCUUUACAUUAUGCAUGCAAAGAAGGUCAAUUUCAAUGUGCCAAGACUUUAAUUGAAAAAGGAGCAGAUGUUAAUGCAAUGUCAUCAAUAGGAUUUACUCCGCUUUAUGUAGCAGCUCAAGGAAAUUUUGUCGAUAUAGUGAAGUUAUUGUUAAAGCACGGAGCCGAUCAUCGCAGACCUUUACGGGUUGGAAGAUUUAUUCCUCUACAUGUUGCCCAAAAGCAAGGUCAUGAAAAUGUUGUUCGAAUUUUAUCGGAAGCCAACUAA